CCGCACACCCGGCGGCGCCAAGCCCUUCGACCAGGUAGCUGACCAGCAUAGCGGCAGAUGGUUUCGCGGCCGCUAGAGACUUAGCGUCGACGAAGAGGGAGGAAGCGGCGUGCCACAUGUUGAGUGAGCAGACGGCGGCUAGCACUAGCAGCAGCGGCGGCGGCGUCGAGCGUCAGGACAGGUGGCUGCAGCCGGUGGCGGAGAACGAGGAGGAGGAGGAGGAGUUCAGGGACAUCCACGCGCUGAGCCCGCCGCCGAGCCAGCCGUCGUCGUACCGCCGGGCGCGCGGCGGCGAGCCGUGGGGGUCCGCCGCGGGCGGGAGCAGGCACACGUCCGUCCGCUCCGUGGGGAGCGACACCGCGCCCAGCGAGCCCUUCCCGACUAUGACCAGGGAGUUCUCGGCCAUGGUCGCCGCAGCAGCCAGCGCCGCAGCAGACAGCCGUGACGCCGGCAGCGACGUCGUGGGCAGGGCCGAGGAGGAGGAGGAGGAGGAGCUGGAGGAGACCAACCCGCUGGCCAUCGUGCCGGACAGCAACCCCAUCCCGUCGCCGCGCCGGGGCCCGCCGCCCGCCGCCCCGGGCGCCGACGCGGCGGCGCUGGUGGCCGCCGACGGGCACGGAAGCCGCGAAGGCGGGGGGGUGUCCGUGGGGCAGGUCAGGAAGGAGGAGGUGGAGUCCAAGAUCGCCGCGUGGCAGGUCGCCGAGGUGGCCAAGGUCAACAACCGCUUCAAGCGCGAGGAGGUCGUCAUCAACGGCUGGGAGGGCGACCAGGUCGAGAAGGCCAGCGCGUGGCUCAAGAAGUACGAGAGGAAGCUUGAGGAGAAGCGUGCCAAGGCGAUGGAGAAGGCGCAGAACGAGGUGGCCAAGGCGCGGCGGAAGGCGGAGGAGAAGCGCGCGUCCGCGGAGGCCAAGCGGGGCACCAAGGUGGCGCGAGUGCUGGAGCUCGCCAACUUCAUGAGGGCCGUGGGGAGGGCGCCCUCCACCAAGCGCUCCUUCUUCUGAACCCACCGGCCUCUUCUUCACCAGUUCCUCUGUCUUGCCGCCGCCGCCUGUGCAGUUCAGUUCAGUUCAGUUGUCCUGUGGGUCGGACCGUUCACCGCUUCACUCCACGGGAUCAGGCACAGUGAUCAGUGCCGUGCUAGCUGUGUGGAACGCUUGUUUUAGUGUUGUAUCCACAUGUACGAUUUGUAACGUUUCCUUGCUUCUCCCGUUUCGUGUUUUCGUAUGGUAUCUAUGGUAUUGCAAAGUCCAUGGCCACGAUAGACAGGGAAAGCAUAUGUAUACACCAUUAGAAGGAUGUGCUCUGCGCCUCUGCCCGAGUCUUGAGGACAGGAGCUGCAUGUAUUUUUCACCAAUAUAAUGGUUGUGUAUGUCAAUUACGAAAAGAUAUGAACACCAUUACCACCGCGU